CGUCACCAAAAACCAAUUUUUAGAAUUCUUGAAUUUUAACCACAUAACAUUAAAGAUCACCAUGAAAUACUUGCAAGCAUGCACAAUUGGCAAAAUAUGUCUAAAAUCAGUUGAGAUAUUAUCAAUGAAAGAUUUGAAGUUUUCUAACAAAUCGCUGUUAUUUUGGCUCUGUUCAUCAAGCUAUGAACAGAGACCAAAAUACAGAGGUUUGAUGGGGAAAGAGCCAAUACAUAUGUGGCCAUAUCUCUGCCAAUUCGUUACACAAUUGACUAAUUUUUCUUAUUUAGAAAUAUUUCAUAAUGCUCUUUCAGGUUAUGAAAUCCAAAUAAAAAAGUCUAAAAAUAGAUUUUUGUGACGUCAUCACUUUAAAACUUUAUAUGAUAUCAAUAAAUUAACGCCACACACUCCUGCAACACGAAUUGAUUUAAACUUACACGCUUUUUGUAAGAGCACGUUGUACACUCUUUUUAUAUAAGAACAAGUAAAUUUAUGUUCAGGCUGACUUUUCUUAAUUUUUUCAAAAAUCUGAGGCUGGAUUUUUCUUAAUUUGUUCUUAAAUUAAGAGGGUGUAAGCAGUGCGAUUGCUAGCUUUUUCGCUCUAGGGAGGUGUUCAAGCCUAAUUUGCCAACAAAGUGAGUGUGAAAACCUUCAUUCACCGACAAGUUUGAAUAUUCACCGAAGAAGCACCCACACAUGGCUAGAAAUCUUCGUUUUUGAGAAAAGAUCUUGUUCAAAAUUGCAUUUUACAGUAGCUCAGCCUCAAUUUGUUCUUAACUUUUGUCCAAUUUGAGGCUCGUGUUCUUAUAAAAUUACUAGUUAUUUGUUAUCCAAUAAUAUCUCAUUUAUUCCUUGUAUGGUACAAUGUAUUUACAUUCAUAUUUAUUUUCUUAGAAAAUUGUUCUUAUAAAAAAGUGUAUAAGAACGCCAAGGCUCGAUUCUCCCAAAUAACAAGUAAACAAAUUUUCUUUCGUGUUAAGAAAACAGAGAAUAUAAUUACCAGAGACAGAGACAUCAGUUAAUGGCAGUGCUUCUUCAUGUGUCAUGCGAAACUGCCAUUUUGUUAUUUUAGAAACAAUCAUGUUCUAUAUAUUGGCCACAAUCAAAGCCCCCUCCAAACAUUUCGAAACCUAUUUCUGCCCUUGUAGGGCCCUUAAAAUAAUCUUAACAACCAAAGCUGAUUCUCUCUGGAAUAAAGUUCAAAGUCUAAUCUUAGUUUUUAUCUCUCUAAGCUUGGACAGUCUACCCCUUCCCUACAAAUCCCGGUUUUCUUGGCAAAGUAGCUCGCUUUUUUUCCACUCCCCCUCCCAUCGUCAUCAUCGUCAUCAUCAUCAUCGUCAGGUUUUUCCAAAAACUGUGUUGGUACUUGUUGCGCUGUCACUUUUGCCUACAAAGGAAGUGUUGGGAUUGAAAGGUAGGGUGACACAUUUUGAAACCAAGCUUGUGAAUUAGCUUUGUAAAACUUCACCGGGGUGAAGCCAUCAAACCGAGUAUGAAUUGACGUUUCCUCAAGUCUUUGUGUUCGGUUACUGAUGCAUACCGUUCUAAUAUCUGUUUCCUCCUUGAAACAAGUCUGAGAGUUAUUUGGCUGCAAAAGCUUCCUACAUACGGUAGCGGUUUACAUGCAUGUCCUUUUAUCAAUAUUAUUGGUUUGUCGUGACGGUGCAGGACCGUAAUUUGAGGAGGACUUGUUAGCCAGGACAAUUUCCGUGUUUCAUUCUAAGAUGAGUCGCAGCAAUAGCUUGCCUAACUUUGAAACUCACAAAACAGGAGCCUUGAAAUCCUUGAAGAAGUUCAUUAGUCGUCGAAAUUCGUUUAGUGCGAACCACAUGUCAUCUAAAAAGGAACCGUCGGAAUUGGGCGUUGUCAGGUCCAAAGUCAUAUCACAGACAAGAAAAAUGUCAGCCUCAGACACUGAACAUUCCUUUGCGACAGAUGGGCGUCGCUUGUAUCAGAAGCCUCGCACCUUUUCUACAGCUGACACUGGUCAUCCGUUAGGAAUCAAAAACCAGCGGCAUGAUUCAGGAUUCUCCACCUCGACUGCAAGUUCAGUAUGUACAGAAGACGAACCCCCGGAACUACCUCCUCGAGGACCGAGAAAAAGUCAAAGUUAUCUACCGAGUCAUAAGGAGGACCAAGUAUCUAUAUUCUCAGAUUGUUCCGAAGACGGGGGAGCACCGCCAGAAAUAACAACAGACUUCGCCGGGCAGAAAUCGCGAUCGCUUCAAAGACAACACCGCAGCCCGGUUGUCUCCCGCGGAGGAAGCUUGAAAGACACAAGGAAACCAAGCUUGUUCGAUGAGUACUUUUUCUGUGAGAAAUGCCAAAGCAAUUGCGUGCAUAAGCCUAAUCGCGGAAGCAUAAAAAGGCGUUUUUCUGAUAAGUUAAAAUCGAACUUGAGAAACGAAGAAGAGAGUGUUGUUUUUACUAACGAAAUUGCUCAAGGUUUUCUUAUGGAUGAUAGUGACCGAAUAUAUCAAGAAAUUGAUAGCGAUUGGCUUGAAGAUGUUCGGCGAUUGACUUCACAAAUGACGUCACAAAUAGAGAGUGGAGCUCAAGGAUUGCAAACAAUCUCCAAAGAUGAAGUGGACUCUUCUUCUCUUGAUGGCGUAAAAGAAUACCCAGAUACUGAGAUAUACCAAAAAAUGAACAUUUACACGCGGCAAUACACGCCAUCUCUCGAGAAAGUUCACACUAUUCUGCGGGAAAACCCAGACGUUACAGAUGCGAUAGUGGAGAGCAACGUGACAGAAGAACCUGAAGAAGUAGCUGGAAACGCAGGCAACGAAAGGGUCACAGCUCUGGGCAAAACACUUGAGAACUGCAGCUCGGAUAAAUCAAUCUCUAGUGAUUCUUUUGUAUCGACCUAUUUGCAAGCAGCACAGUCUCCUGUGCUCUCGGACAGGUAUCAUAAGAGAUUAGAUUUUUCUGGUUUUUCGGAGCAGUAUGAUACUGCUUUAUGAUGUAGCACUUGUUUUAUGAAAUGCCGUUUUUCAAAUCUCGGGGGAAUUCUUGCAAACUUUGUCUGGUAAUGGGAUUCUAUAGAAUGGAGUAACGGGCACAGGCCAGUCACAGAACUAAGAAGCGCGCUAAAACCUAUGAAUGUCAUUCUGGCGCAAGAGAAAGAAAAUUUAGAAUUAUAGGUAAUAAUAUCCCUUAUUCAAGCAGAACGAUGAUGUUUUGGAAAAAAAUUUGUUGCUUUGCGAACUGUUGCUUUUUUAUUAAGUCCCAUUUUGUAGAUGAUCGAAUCGAUGUGUUGGAUUCAAAGGAAUAGCAUCAGAAAUGCAGUCACAAGAAUUUUGAUAUGUUUUUUUAUUGACUACUGAAAACGCAAUGGUUUUUUAAAACUGAUGCAAGGAGCGUGCAACAACCACAAUGACUUCGACUCUCGGGCGGUACUACGACAAACUUCUUAGUGCCAGAAAGUCAUAUUGCUCAAGGACUUUGGUACCUCAAGGUUCACAUGAUCACAAGUUAGAUGAAAGACUCCACCCGCGUGUAUGCGCGGCGUGCUUAUGUUCUUGAUGCGCGUGAACACGCUAUUAUCUCCCUUGGCCCACUUUUUCCGGCUCUGAUACUCUUGAACCCCGUGUAUGUACCGUGUCUGUAUGUGCCGUGUCUGUAUGUACCGUAUCAAUUGAAAGUCUGUUCUUAUAAAAAUAAAAUUAGAAUACAAACAUAAGUGUCUUCAAAGAUAAUCUUAAGAUACCGCUGCUAAAAAUCUUAAGAUACCGCUGCUAAAAAUGAUACAUGGCCAAAAGGCUUUUUCUUAUCGCGGUCCAAAACUGUGGAACAGUCUAGAAAGGGCUACCAAAUUGGCCCCCUCCCUGAAAACCUUCAAAGAACAACUUUAGUCGGAGACAACUUUGAAUUCAUCUUUACGUUCACUUUUUAUAGCCUUAGUAUUAUUAAAUAUUGUAAAUUAGGUUUGGUUGGUAAAUUUCUUUUGUCAUUAGUAUUAUUACAUAGUUAUUAGCGCUUAUUUUAAUCUUUUAAACAGGUCAGGUUGAAAAACAUAUGUGUAUGAACCUUUAACCUGUAUAAAUAUUAUAAAAUUAAAAAAAUUAUAAAAAAAUGAAAUCGCCAAGCUAAUUCGAUUCAGUCGCAAGGAAUAAACGUGGUAAGUUUUACAAAAACAAACUGGAUCAUGUAACUUCAAACGGUAAUUUUCAUGUUUAUUAAUAAUGAUUUUCUUGUUCCAGUUCUAGUUCCAUAAUUAUUAAGCGAAAUUUAAAAAAAUUAUUAAUUCAACCACUACCUGUGUUACCCGAUUCGUACAGCAGCUCGCAUCACGAGGUAGUUAUAAAACCGAUAUAUUGUUGAAACUGUAUAUAAGAAAUUUGACAUAUCUUCGUGCAAAUAAAAUUUAAUUCAUUGGCAAUUUGAAUAAUUAGUAUAGUAAUAUGGAAAGAAAUGUAGUAAGAAAAGGGGAUUAAUCAAUGUAGUAUAUGUCUAUACUUAAGGCAUAAUUACUAAACGUUUUAUAGACAGAGGCUGAGAAAAGAUGGUAGCCUCCUGAUAUCCACUGAUCAGUGCUGAUAUCCCGAGAGUUACAUUUUUUGAUGAAGUUUUGUUUUUGUGGCAGAAAGUGAACAGAUCCUCAUAAAUAUUCCCGUUAUUGGCCUAUAGCAUCUGUCAAUCAAUCUGCCUUGUUCAUUCUGAACUAGAGAAUUACCUAAACCAAUCAAAUCAGCUCUCGGUUAUCUUGUAACACAUAAGUGCUAGAACAUUUUGAAAGUUUACCCUCCAACAUUUUAUCUGCUGAAAAUCGAAAACAAAGAACAGUUCAGCCUCACUUUUUACAAUAUUUUAAAUUAUUUCUCUCAGCUCGAUUUUUCCAUUGUUGUCAUGCCAUUUUGUAGGCUCGAAAAGCAACUGUUUUCUACCCAAUUGUGUCUUAUUUUCCACAAUAAGAAUAGUCCAAAAACUUUGUGUUGUUAGCAUCUGUAUGUUCUAAAUACAAUGUCUCUUCGUGAUUUAGAUAUUAAAUUUAUAAUAAAUGAAUUUCAAGUAUAUAAACAUUUUAUGGGAGAAUAAAUAUAACAGAUAUUAAAAGUGGAGUUUUGUCGUUUCAUUUCCCAACAUGAUCACAAUUCUUUUAAAGAUAACACUAUUGGGACAUAACACUGUGUCAUGGAAAGAAAACACGGAAGUUGAUAUAUGGUUGAUCCGAACAUAUUCGGUGUAGGGUUCUCAAGUUUGACGUAAAAAAAACUAUUGUUAAAAUUUGCGAAUUUUGACCACAUAACAUAGAAGAACACCAAAAAAUAUACCCGUUUAUGAAAAAUCAGUUAAAUUUGUCAGAAAUAGGGUGAACUAUGGCCAAUAGAAGAUCUGGAGUUUGCAAACGGAUUACUGUUAUUUUGGCUCCGUUCAUAAAGUUAUGAACUGAGAACAGAGGUUUGAUGGGGCCAGAGCUUGUGCUCAUCUGGACAUAUCUCAGCCAAUUCGUGAUACCUUUAAAUGAUUUUGCAGAUUUAGAGGUAUUUCAUGAUGCUCUUUCAGGUUAUGGGAAAAAAUUUCAAAAAUUCUAAAAAUAAAUUUUUGUGACGUCAUCACUUGACAACUCUACUGUCUGACCGUUUAAACAACUAACAUCAAUAAACUUUGUCAGCGACAUAAUCAAUCGGCAUCAAUAGCAUCGUCAGUAUCAAUCAACAAUAGCGAUGAUUAUCAGUGAUUAUCGUUACCAAAGCUUGAUUACAAGUAAGAAUUAUUUUCGAUUUAUCUGACUUUCAGACAAAAAAUUUACGUACACAUUUCAGGCUCAUGGCCUACGCCACGAAUUUGAAAGUGGGGAGGGUCAAGGCUAGCAAAAGUAGGGGGCGAAGGCUUUUUCCCCUUUUACUGCAGCUUUAAAACUACUUGCCUUGCAAAGGUAUGGGGGGCUCCCUCCGGCCCCCCGAUGGCGUGGGCCCUGCGGCUUGUGUUUUGCUAGUAUGUUUCA